AUGUUGCUUUUUGCCUUCUUCAUUGAAGACCCGGAUUGCCUCAUCAUUACGCGCGGCAACCAUGAGGACGAAGAAAUGAAUAAACUGAGUAGUGAGGAAGGUGGCGGCUUUCAUGAGGAGGUCUUACAAAAGUACACCGGUGGAAUCUUUAUGAAGUUUGAAGCGAUUUACAAGAUGUUGCCCCUGGCUGCCAUCGUGCACAAGGAGCUGUUCGUGGUACAUGGCGGCCUUGCCCGAAACAGCAAAUCAAACUUGAACACUUCAUUCAUCCGGGACAUUGAUGCCGGCAUUGUAAGCUGCCCCCACGGAGGAUGCUAUCCGUUGUGCUUGGAAGAGCAGGUCUUUCAGGACUUGCUCUGGUCUGACCCACAAGAGAAAUUGGGUUGGGAGGCGAAUCCCAGAGGGGCCGGUAUCAAGUGGGGCCCGGAUCUGACGGCAGCCUUCCUCAAGCGCACGGGUUUGAAAUGGAUUAUCCGUUCACACCAGCUUCCAGAGGACAAACGUGGCUUUAGUACACACCAUCUUGGACUGGUGUACACCCUCUUCAGCGCAAGCAACUACUGUGGUACUGCAGGAAACAAGGGAGGCGUGUGUUUGUUGGAGCUUCGCUACAAUUCUGCCAAUGAAGAAGGGACUCGACUUGUCGCACGUUUCGAGGAGCACUACGCUCCAGCACUGGAGCAAGGAAAGCUCUUGGAGAUCUCCCAGUUGCCGGACAUUGCUGCCCGCAAAUUGGCUCUUGAGGAAGCCGGCGUAGCACGAGCAACAGAGGACAUCCAAAAGGUUGGUCAGCGCCAGGAGCGUGCCAUCCUACAUCGAAUGGCGGGAAAGGUUGUCGAACUGCGUUCAGAGCUAUGGGACGACUUCCGGCGGUGCGAUGAGAAGCGAACUGGCAAGGUGAGCUUCCUCAACUGGUGCGAUAUUUUGACCUCCGUCUGUGGGGAGAACUUUCCAUGGUCCUUGGGCGGCGAGCUCUGGGGCAUUGCCCACGUCAGUUGCCUCAGUUUGGACCACCAGGAAGCUCCACCGGGUGAAGGGGCAACAAGAGGUACCAGGGAGGUGGACUACAAGCGCUUUCUUCGUCGAUUUGACGUGGCGGUGAACAAGGAAAAAUGGGUUGGCUGGAAGACUAUUCUCAUGAGAGACGCUUACGAGGCGCUCUACUGCAACUUGGCAGCGACAGGCAUUUGCAAUGAACUCACACUAGUGGUACUCAGACGUGGUCCAGCGGAGGAUGGUGGUGACAGCCCUCAACGCACGGCUCAGCAGAUGUUGAGCGCUUCGCAGCUGCAAUCAUUGGCUCAUGGCCUGUUCCCUCCAGAUGAAGGCGAUGAAGAUACGGAUUUGAGUGUUCAUGAGUUCUUCGAACGGUUUACUGUGAUCUAUCGCCAGGCGAAAGCAAUGACAGGCGAUGACACGUUGGCAGAUUGGAGAGAUACUUUGCGAUACCUGGGGCAUUUGCUGCUAAAGCAAGACAAACGGGUAAAGACAAGUGCCAGCACCCACUCGCGCAAGACUCUCUUGCAGGUUCAGCGCUUGUGCCUUGCUAUGGCGCACCAAUUCGAGACGGGUGACGAGUCAGGAAGUGGCUUGUUGACAAGGCAAGAGCUGGUGGAUUGCCUCAAAGGACUGGAGGGCAUCGAGGGUGUGAUGCACAAAGGGCAUCCAGUGAGUGACGCUGACUUGCAUGAGUUGGCCGUCAAGCUGGACUUGCUCAGUGGGCGAGAGACCGGCCAGGUCAACCUCUUUAGCUUCCUGGAGGCCUUUGUCGUGGAGCGACCUACCGGACAGGAGUUUGAUGCCGCUGAAGAGUUCAUGUGCGAGCACAUCCUCAGUUUCCUGUAUCGGAACAGACAUGCAGUUUGCUGCGGCUGCCAUGAGGCGGAUGUCGCUCUCAGUGGACGUAUCCGCUGUUCUGCCUUUGCAGAGGUGCUCCGAGGUAUCGACAUCUCCUUGGCCAAGAAUCGCCGGACCUUCACGGACGUUCAGAUCGAUGGUCUUGCAGAAGCCCUUGGAGAAGAGGAUGGCACUUUCUCCUAUUUCGAGCUGCUUCCUCAAUAG